CCUACUCUGUCUCACCCCUUGCCGUACAUUACUCCCAUUAUUACUCGGCGGCGCCCGCUAACUAGGCUUAUUGAUAAACGAACCAGAUUAAUACGAGCUGAUUUUUCCCAUCUCAAAAACAUAUUAUGUUGAGGAUGCAAAUGCAUAUAUCCUCACCAGUGGAAUCGCUUAGGCCAGAGGCUAAUUACGGGGGCGUGAGUGCGGCUAUUCCACCGAUCGGUUAUGGGAGUGUUUAAUUAGGUUACUUGGGAUGGAUUUUAUACUUUAAUCAACAUUGGAUUAACCUGUCUAGAGACGUAAAUUACUCCAAUUGCAAUGAAAAGAUAGAAAGAAAAUCGAAUCUGCAGACAUGAGCUACCUAAGGGAAAUUUGAAAGAUACAUAGAUUUCCCCAGCAACGAACAAUGGACUGAGCCAAGACCGUCAGAAUGAACAACUCUACGGGUCACAGCGAGGUGGCCUACAAGACGCACCCAGAAUUCCUUGCGGCCGAAUGGAUCUGGGUCUACGUGUCCCCGGUCCUCAUUUUUGUGGGCACCAUCGCCAACAUCCUGUCAAUCGUCGUCCUCCUCCGCCGGCGCAUGCGCUCUUCCACCACCAUGUUCUACCUGACCGUUCUGUCGUUCGGCGACAUCAUGGUAUUAUACACGGGGCUGCUCCGGUACUGGAUCAAGUCAGCCUUUAACGAGGACAUUCGUCUCAUCUCUCAGUUCUCCUGUAAACUUCACGCGUUCCUGGUCUACUUCUCCCUCGAUUUCACGACCUGGGUAUUAGUAGCUGUGACCAUAGACCGCUGUAUAUUCGUGUGUCUGCCAUUUCGAGCCAAGCGACUGUGUACCCUAAAGCACGCUAAAAUUGUAGUGGUAUCUAUCGCGGGGAUGAUGGUGGCGCUUAAUUUUCACCUGUUCUGGGGCGUGGCCUUCGAAGUGUUACUGGGGGAAGUGACGUGUACACACGCCAACGAUUUCACGGAGUUUACGUGGCCUUGGAUUGACUUCUGUAUGUUUAGCAUUGUCCCCUUCACCAUUAUGAUCGUAGCAAACAUCCUCAUAAUCAAACAUCUCUUCUUGGCGCACAAACGCGUAGCGUCACAUCAACACGAACACAUUCCUUCGGAACACAGCGAAAGUGUCGUGCACCAUUCCAAUGGAAAUCACGUACAUGCCAACGGAAACCACCGAAAGGUUCCGAGUGUAACGAGCAUGUUGCUGACGACGAAUUGUGUGUUUCUUGUGCUGACUCUUCCUAUUGUUAUAUAUCUCAUUGUUUACCCCUAUGUUCUGUAUGACGCUUCAGACCACGUGACAGCAGUUCUUCAGUUGUUGUGGGCCAUCGCAAAUAUGUUACAAUACACCAACAACACCAUCCAUUUUUUCCUGUACUGUUUGACUGGGCCUCGUUUUCGACGAGAACUUUUCAAAAUUUUCAAAAUAAAGACUAGGUCGUCGCACGAAUUGACAAUGACGAUGGAAAUGCAUUAAGAACGACUCAUUCACGACGUUUAUGUGUUUUUAACUUUGUUUGUGAUACUAGAAUAUUUUAUGUCUGUUUGACACAAAAUUGUUUAAUAAAACAGAUAUUUUAGAUGUAAGAUUAA